UCAUUUCCAAUUAUUUUGAUUUUGAAGCCAUAGACUGUGAUCUGUGAUAUGGAAAUUGGGAACUCGUGUUAUGUAAAGAUGUGAUGUGGUGUGGCUAGUGUGAACCGUUUGCUUGCUUCGUGUAUGUACAUUCUCUCCGGAGGCACCGUCGUGAGCUUUUCUCUCUGGUAGGUCCGUGUUGCUGAAACCUUUUUGACCUUUCCAAUAAAGCAUUUGUUUCACCCUAUCAAUGAGAGGAACCAUUGGAAUAAGGAUUCCAAACCCCAAUAUUUCCAAUGCCACCAGAAAAACCCUAGUUCCAUUUUCUACGUCUUCCGGUUUUGGUGGUGGCGGACGUGGUCGUGGUCGUGGAGGGUCUCUCCCUGGUUCAGGGCUGUUCAAUAACAAUGAAAGAGCUCCAGUUGAGCCUAAUUCCAGUGAGUCCAAAUCUGACACAACAGAGCCACCCAUUCCUCCUGGUUCUGGUCUUGGCCAUGGCCGUGGCAAGCCAAUGCCUCCAUCAGGUCUUCCUUCUUUCUCAUCAUUUAUAUCUUCCAUAAAUCAGCCACCUGCUGGUCGUGGCCGAGGUACUGCACCUCAUCCUCAACAUGAUUUGCAGCCACCAGACUCUGGACCCAAAAAACCCAUUUUCUUCAAAAGAGAGGAUAGUGUUUCUCCAACAGCGUCAAAUGAUUUUUUGCCACCCAAAAGAUCUGUUGAUCAUGCACAUGAUAACAAACUUCCAGGCAGCAUACCAGGGGUGUUGUCUGGACUUGGACGAGGAAAGUCCAUGAAACAACCAGAUCUGGAAACACAAGUUACAGAAGAAAAUAGGCAUCUUCGCACUCGGCAAGCUCCUGGUGCUGCUUCAUCUGAGACUGUGCCCAAGAGAUCGCCAAUACCAAGCCAGGAAGAUGCAACGAGGAAUGCACUGAAAAUUUUGUCACAUGGUAAGGAUGAUGGAAGUGAUACUGGUAGAGGAAGAGAAUAUGGAGGGAGAGGUGGGUUGGAUCGAGGCAGGGGCAGAGGCAGAGGCAGGGGAAGAGGUCGAGGCAUGGGAAGGGGAAGGUUCGUAGAGAGGGAUGUGGAUGAGAAGGUUAUGGAUACAGAUGAUUAUGCUACAGGGCUAUAUGCAGGAGAUGAUGCAGAUGGUGAAAAAUUAGCCAGAAAGGUUGGGCCUGAGAUUAUGAAUCAGUUGACUGAAGGAUUUGAGGAGAUGACUAGUAGAGUUUUACCAUCGCCAUUAGAGGACGAGUUUUUGGAUGCACUAGACAUCAAUUAUGCAAUUGAAUUUGAGCCAGAAUAUUUGGUGGAGUUUGAUAAUCCAGACAUUGAUGAGAAGGAACCAAUUUCACUACGGGAUGCACUUGAGAAGGCAAAACCAUUCUUGAUGUCGUAUGAGGGGAUUCAAAGUCAGGAAGAGUGGGAGGAAAUAAUGGAAGAGACAAUGGCGCGUGUUCCAUUGUUGAAAAAGAUUAUUGAUCACUACAGUGGACCAGAUAGGGUAACUGCAAAGAAGCAACAAGAAGAAUUAGAAAGAGUUGCUAAAACUCUUCCUGGAAGUGUACCAUCUUCAGUGAAACAAUUUACUAAUCGUGCUGUUAUUUCUCUUCAGAGCAACCCAGGCUGGGGAUUUGACAAGAAAUGUCAUUUCAUGGAUAAGCUGGUUUGGGAAGUGUCUCAGCAUUACAAGUGACCUACUGGCCUGCUUGCAUUUUAUUUUUAUUUUACUUUGAGUUUUGAUGAAACAAACUGCUACUACUCUUGUAAUAAUGAGUUGUUGUAGCGUUAUUGCUAGCAAUUGUUACAACUCUCGUAUACUUUGUAAUAAAUGAAUUAUCAUUUUAAUUAGACUUUCAAAGGUGAUAAACUGUGGGAUGAUAAUUGAUGAUUAGGAAAUUAAUGGUUAAAAUUUUGAUAAUUUCAUAA